AUGAAGAAUGCCUGGGUCCUAUUGGCGACAUGCGCCCUCCCCGCCUUGGGCUUAACACUACAUGAGCGAGACACUCCAGCCGUUGUUGGCUUCGAUAUUAAGCGGAGAGAUGUUACGGAUCCUGUCGCUAGAGAUCGUGCGAGGCGGAAGCGCGCGGAUACGGUCAGCGUGGGUUUGGAUAAUGAGGAACUCCUCUAUUUGGUCAAUGUCACUCUCGGUACCCCCGAACAAAGCUUGCGCCUGGUCAUCGACACCGGUAGCAGUGAUCUAUGGGUCAAUGUUCCCAAUUCAACCUUUUGUGAAGAGUAUUCGAAAUACUGUGAUUAUUUCGGUACCUAUGACUCGAGUGAAUCGUCCACCUACUCUUAUGUCUCCUCGGAUUUCAAUAUCACCUAUGCCGAUGGCUCCGGGGCCGCCGGCGUCUACGCUACCGAGACUCUUCACAUCGGCGACACUACACUGAAAGACUUGCAAUUCGGCAUCGGCGACACCUCGACUUCGGAAGAGGGCGUGUUGGGUAUUGGAUACGUCACAAAUGAAGCCCAGGUGGGCACAGCCGGGGAACAAUCCUACGCCAACCUACCCAAGGCCAUGGUGAAUAAGGGGUUGAUCAACUCCAAUGCCUACAGUUUGUGGUUGAACGAUCUGGAUGCCAGCGAGGGCUCCAUUCUGUUUGGCGGCGUGAACACCGACAAGUAUCACGGAACCCUCGAAACCUUGCCGAUCGAGAAAACCGGCGACGAAUAUACCGCUUUUUACAUCGCCCUGACCGGCGUCGCUUUGACAAACUCCUCCGGAACUACCAACUACUCUUCCUCAAGCGCUCUUCCUGCCGCCGUCCUGCUCGAUUCCGGUAGCUCCCUGACCUAUCUCCCGGAUAGCAUCGUCGAGAAGAUCUUUGAUGAUCUAGAUGUCACCUACGAAGAGUCCGACGGGUAUGGUUUCGUCCCUUGCAGUAUGGCCAAGAAGGAUUACAAUAUCUCCUACACCUUCUCGUCUCCGACCAUUACCGUUGGGAUCUCCGAGCUGGUACUAGAAUUGGAAGAAGCGUACUACAGCAAUGGCGAAGCUGCCUGCACCUUUGGUAUUGUCCCAUCUGGAGGUACCACCUCGGUGCUAGGUGACACCUUCCUGCGCAGCGCAUACGUGGUGUACGACCUGGCCAACAACGAGAUCUCGUUGGCCAACACCAACUUUGACUCUACAAGCAACAACAUCAAGGAGAUCGGCACCGGUUCGGAUUCGGUACCGGGAGCCACUUCGGUCACCAACGCAGUGACCACUGCAGCCACUGGGGGUGAUGGGGCCCGCAUUGGAGGUCCGACUGGCGAUAGCACUGCCGUCAUCACAAUGGGCAACGGAAAGACCAGUAACCCUGCUGCCCCAGGCCCAACUAGGAUGCCCCAUCAUUUGGCUUGGGGUCUGGCUGGAGCCGCUCUCCUGGCUUUGUGA